AUGGAUGAAUACACCCCUGAGGCUCUGGUCAACCGCGACGAGCCGAUGCCUGUACUUAACCUCAAGCCCAAGGCAGAGCGUACAAGCUCGCCCUCGCUGCAGGACCGGUUAUUCACCAAGAUCCUGCAACAAGUUGCCCCGACGGAUGAUGACGAGGAUGAAACAAUUUCCUCGGGCGACGCGGCCUUCGCGACGUCCCCCAAGCGGCCGUCCUUUAGUCUGCCCGUGAUGUCCAACAACUUCCGUCGCUUCAAUGCCAGAAUCGGUGUUGUAUUCUUGUUCCAGACCCGAGUUGAGCGGCUGCUGAGCUGGAAGCAACCCACUCACACGCUAUCAUUGCUCUUCGUCUACUCAUUCAUCUGUCUGGAUCCACACCUACUCCUGAUACUACCUCUUGCGGUGCUGUUGCUAUCUAUCAUGGUUCCGGCCUUCAUAACUCGCCACCCCCCUCCCCCGACAACAUCUACAUCCAGCACCACCCCGUACUAUUCCUACGACGGACCCGCGUUGGCGCCGGCGAGAACGAUCAAACCUGCCCCGGAGACUUCCAAGGAUUUCUUCCGGAACAUGCGAGACCUGCAGAACUGCAUGGCUGACUUCUCGGACGUCCACGAUGCGCUCAUCACCGUGCUUGCGCCGCUGACGAACUUCUCGAACGAGAAACUAUCGUCGGCAGUAUUUCUGACUUGCACCGUUGUCACCGCGCUGCUGUUUAUGACGGCGCAUCUAGUACCGCUGCGCUGGAUCAUGCUGGUAGGCGGCAACGCGGCACUCCUGUCAAACCACCCAUCCGUCCGUCAGUUUUUCGUGGAUUUGAUCCGCGAUGUGAGCGGAGGCUCAACAGAUCUGGAUGCACCCCCGACCGAAAAUAAGAAUCCCGUGACUCCUUCAGUAGCAAUCGCAAAGUUGGAGCAAUUGGCAGAUAUCUCGUUAGACACGGACCCGGAGGAACGCGAAGUGGAGAUCUUCGAGCUCCAGCAUCGAGCCUCGGGGAGCUCAGAACGAGGAUGGGAGAAUUUCCUGUUCAGCCCUCAGCCCUACGACCCUCUUUCACCAUCGCGGAUUGCCGGCGAUCGACCCCGAGGCUGUCGAUUCUUUGAGGAUGUCAAUGCCCCUCCGGGGUGGACGUGGAAGAGCAAAAAAUGGGAGCUCGACUUGGACUGUCGCGAGUGGGUGGUGGAGCGAAUGAUCACGGGCGUUGGCUUUGAGAUCCCUGGUGUAACCGCAGAAGGCAAUGCCAUCAUCGAUGAGAUUGGUGGCUGGGUUUGGGAUCUACCCGCGAGCGCUGAUGGUCCAGGGGACGAGGAUAUUACCGCUCUCACCUAUGGAGAUCUGCAGGCGGAGUCCACGCCAUCGGCAAGGGCCAAGUCUAGUUCCGCCGGUUCUUCGAUCAAGGAUAAGUCCAAAGUUACCACUCGCGACUGGGAAGAAGCCGCUACGGCAUCCUAUGGCGUGGGCGAAUGGCGGCGCCGGCGCUGGGUGCGGGUGGUGCAGCGCGUGAGUCUUCCACCAAAGGUUCCAGGCCAUGUCACCUACUCGACUCUCGAGCGCAAUUGA